GGAAAAGGGAGUGUUCACGUGACCAAGAUGCUUCAAAACAACAGCGAAGAGAAGCUGCGCUAGUAGCCAGGAAGGCAGCAGACCGAGUUUAAAACAGUUCCUAAAGCUCCCCGAGUUGUAAGUCCUUUUAGUUGCAAGAAGCUGCGAAUAAACCGAUCGUCGAUCGCAUGCGCUGCGCACGUCGUACACCGGUCGUGCAUGGUGCGCAGUAUACAGAGUGUCGCUGUUUCUUUCGUAGAAGGGAAGGACAGUGAUAUGGAAGCCGUGAGACCCAAGAGCAAAGGAAAGGGCAAAAAGAAGACCAAGCCAAAGAGGGAGGAAAAGGGUACUGCAGAGUUGCCAGCAAGUUCUGGAGGUGCCUCAGUGUCGGCAUUAGCAUCUCCUGUUACCACGGAGACGAAACCGGAAUGUACCCCGACUGACGAAACUGAACCCUCGGCUCCUCCAAAAACUGAUGACGUAAUUCAAGACGAUGUAAUGCAUUUACUCUCUACAGCAGUGACAAGCUGCAACACCGAGUCUGGCUCGGGGGUUGAUGGGACUAUGGGAGAGAUGAAAUUACGGAGUGACGACGAGCAGUUGGAUAAACAGUCGCUACAGAAGAGUAGGAAUAGAAAAGAAAUGGAGUCACAAGGUGAAAGUAUGGAGCUUCAAGAUAAAGAGACUGCGUCAUCAGACAGUGAGGAGAGAGUAUCACAGAUGGAAGAGAAACAGAUAGAGACUGCCACAGAGCGCGAUGUACUACUUCACUCCAGUGAUGGGGGCGUUUCCAGCGGGCCUGGUAUGGAACAGAGACCGUCUGGCGUGGAACGGGGACAGAUUGGUGUGGACCGGAGACAGGUUAGCAUGGAACAGAAACCGGAAGUAGGCGUGGAACGUUCAAAUCUUGGUCUAGGAGUGAUUGGUAUGGAACAGAGACAGACUGGUAUGGAAGGAGGACCGGCUCAGGUUACAGUAAUAAGUGUGACUAAUGAAGCAACAGACAUUACAGUUACAGAGAAGGCAGAAAAUCUAGAGGAGGAAGAAAGUGAGCAACAUUCCGAUCUCUUAGCUACAGCACAGCCGUCAGUUGAUAAGGCACUGACCCAGCCAGUUUCAUUACCAGUUGUAGAAACUCCUACAGUAGCGUCAAGUACAUCAACGGUCGUCGUGGAAACCAACACUACCGUCGCCACGGAAACACCAGAAUUACCUCGCGAAGUUGCCAUGGCAGCAGACACCGCCUACCCCUCCCUGUCGACCCUGAUGUAUGCAGCGGAAGAAGAAGAAGAAGAAGACUUGAUUCCUUUUUCCGAGCAGGACCUGGGGCUGCUCUAUCAGAACAGGCAGCUGGAUGCCAGGGAGGACACAGAGGAGGCAUUUAUUAGAAAUAGUUGGCAGGAGCACCACCGGCUGUACGAGCUGCUCUCUCUCUACCAAAAGUCCUUGCUUGCUCUGUCCGCUGCCAAGGCACACUUACAGUCUCUCAGAAAUGAAUACAACACUCGGAAACCGUUGACAUGGAAAUUCGAGACCCAAACAAUUACGUCAUCGGCCAAAUGUGGGGAUCGUACGAGGGUGUCACAUGACCACACCUUCAAAAAGGCGGUCUUUAUUCCGGAAGCAGCUGUACUCUUUAACGACACCCUGACCGGAACAAGGGAACUGCUACAAGAGGAGCUGUGCAUGAAGUCCUACUCCAGCCAGCUGGCAAGAAUUCACAUUGAGCACUUUCUCUCGGAGCUCGUCAGUUCAAUUCACGUUCCGACUCAAGAAGACGCUGGUUUUGCUGCCUGGGUACCCGAGAGCCCGCCGGGGAGUCUGGACUCCUCCUCCUCCCCACACAUGAGAGACGCCAUUUCCGUUCUCUUCAUGUUUGAGAGACGACCGCAGCGAGACAAGCAGUUCACCCAGGACUGUCGACAGUGGCUCAACAUGUUGAUGAGUGUGCAGCUGAGGGUGGCGACGCUGACGGACCACCAGUUCAUCCAACACCAUCUCCUGCGAUGCCCUCCCGGAGUCAGCCGGUGGGCCGCCUCCUAUCUCCAGGUCGCGUCCCCGUUGGAUACGGUCGGAAGUUUGGAGACUCAGUUCGGACAGAGAGAUAUCUUGACUGGCACCACUCCAGACCAUCGCUAUGGUUACGACUGGGGAGUGGGGAUGGGACUGCACCAAGACUGGGGUGGACCCCUCCUUGAUCACUUCGUCUGUUGCCUGGCAACGCUCCUCCUGCCGAUCAAACAACGAGACGAGUUCCUUGUUUCUCUCAGUGUUCCCGUGACAACGUCGGGGGAAGGAGAGAGGCAGAGAUGGACAUUUGUUGAAGACGACUUAGAAGAGGAGGACGAAGAGAAUAUGAUGCUUUUGAAAGAGUCGGACUUUAUCAGUUUCUUCGAUCAGUUCCCGUUCUCCGAAAUGUUUAAACACAUACUCAGGAUUGGAGAAAACGGGGAAAUUCCUGUUGCCGAGACGACGAGCUACCAGAUGCUACGGCUGAUUGCAUUCUCGACAUGCCUCAUCCGGUUGCUAGGUGCUGCCUUCUCAACGCUGCGUCUGGCUAGAUACAAGGAAUUUGUGAAACAAGUUGGCCGAACCAUAAGACAAACGGUGCAGUAUGUAGCAGACACCUGGUCCCUCUACCGCAGUCACAGAAUCUCUCUCGGCGACACGCUCUCCCACCUCCCUCCUUUACCUCUGCAUCAGGAGGGAGGGGAGGCGCGAUACUCGCUCAACAGGCUCCAGAUCGAGUUUGACCAGUUUGUUCUUCGGGCAACCCAGUGGAUUCUUACCGCUCACAGAUUAGGGGCGUGGCAGUUCCUCGCUGACAUGCCGUACUCUGCACUCUCCCUCAAGGCUGUCUGGAACAUCUUCUACUGUAUCUAUGGCAACCAAAUGAACCAAUAUGAUUGGUCACCUGGUCGUGAGGGUAGGGAAAGGGGAGGACGAGAAGUACAUACUCUAUCUACCAUCAACGAAAUUAUCGAUUCAUUAAAAGACCCCACCCACAAGGCCCAGUUUGCGGACAUGCUACUGAAGACGUUCACGUCGGAGGCCGUCUUUCUCCUCACCACCUUUGCCAACAUGGCCAGGAGUUGCCAUGGCAACGAGCAGGAAGAGAGGCAGUUCAUUAGUACCAGUCGCCUUGGAGAUAUUUGAGGUAACCCAGGUAACCGAGUUUUCCAGUGACGUGUACUCUCGCACGGGGGCGUCGCUAUUGGAUACCAUCGCCAUGAUGCACCCCUUUGUUAUCUCCGUCCUGAUUGGUCGCAUAGUGAAGUCAUUGACAGUGUUGGAGAGAAUUGCGUGUCGGUUGUGAAGGAACUUCCACUCAACGUUUGGACUCCGACCUCUAGCGAUCUUAGCCACACCCACCAGUGGCUUGUGGGAACGCCCAUACAGUCUCCACCCAACAAGCUGGCUCGCGUGUUGCUAGGGCAACUCAACUGGGGCAGAAAGACCGAUCGUGGUUCCAAUGAUCUGGUACUGGACUGGUGGACUCACAGGGCUGUGGCUCUGAUGGUGGUAGAGGCUCACUCUGUCCAUCUUCCCUCUCACCCCGGAGGCAGGGAAUUCAUCUCCUACCAGUCUUCCAUCGGCAAGUACAAGAGUACGCUGCAGCGACUGACGAUGUCACUGGACGAGAAGAAUUUCAUCACCUGGUGUUGGGAAGUUCUCCUGAUGCUCAAACUCCACCCAAACCAGGUGAUACACCCCUCAAUGGAGGUUCUUACUCCGGAGUCAAGUACCCCACAAGACUCCGCUACUCCAGGCCCAGCCAAGGACCCCAGCGUCUACAGACGCCGUGUGGAACCGGAAUGGGCCCGACUCUCGCCAGACAGCGACGAGAUCGUCCUUCCUGACCUCACCAGUACUGGAGAGAGAGAGCUGGCGGAGUUGAGGGACGCCGUCCACUACGAUGGGACGCUGGCGGCCUACGUCGCUCUCUGUCUCACUAGCAUUGGAUCAGAUACCGACCAUUUCCUGCUCGGAGGACUUCCGUUGCUACAGCGACUGAUAGACGAGGGAUACAUUCUACCUGCUCUCAGGGUUAUCGCUAACGUGACUCCGAGAUUUUUCAGACACAAGAAGAUCCUUAUUGAAGCAUCUGGAUUCCUGAAAGCUGUGGUCGCCGUGGCAAACGCUGACUCGGCAGCUGCGUCUUUCCGCGAUCGCAUCACUUUCUCCACUCCCGAACCACUACUUCUGCGAAAGAUGGCCGGGCUUCUUCAAACUCAGCUACACCGGGGGCGUUGCCAAGGCAACCUGACUGAGAGUGGGCGUGGUGAAGGUCACGUGACCACCAGUGGGUGUGGUCAAGGGGGCGGAGUUAGUGGGGAGGUCAUACUUCAGUUCUGGUUACACAUCUUUCUGUCGUACCCCAGCUGGUACAGAGAGCAGAGUUUGCUGUACCUGGUAAACACCCUCUGUCUGGCGGCGUUUAGCGAGCCGGAGUGGCACCGCAUUCUAAUUGAUGCCCUCUUUGAGGCCUAUCGGACGCUGGGUCCUCUCUACGCUAGAGGUGGCCUUUUCUCACCAGUUUUGUCCAUCGUCAGCUCUUCCGGGCCGCCUUCCAUCUUCACCUCUGUUUCGAUAAAAGAGUGCCCGUGGCUGGCGUUUUUCUCGCUAUGUGCCGAGCAACGGUUUGAGGAGAAGGAGGGGAUUUGGAGGCAGCUGCUUAUUCAACUCAAAAAGGAUCCGAAAAUCGCAAUUGAAAAUGCCCUGAAGAAAGUGUUUGUGGAACUGAAGAAGCCCCAGGGGUCCUUUAGUGCCGACAGUCUGUCCAUCUACCGCUGGGCCGAGUUCUGUUCCAGCGUGGAACCGGGACACCCCAUCGUCCCCCUGGUGUGGCAGAAAUUCUUCUCCCUCUACCUACAGAGACCGGUUCUGGACUCGACUCUCCCAGAGAGAGGCAGCCUGGGUCUCCGUUUCUUCUCCCAGUCUCGUGCCAACUCCCAGCGCAGGCAGAUGAAGUCCUGUCUCUCUGCCGUCGUCAUGAAGACCCAGUCGCAGAUCGGUCGACAGAGCAGAACCAGCGACGACGAAGACAGAGGAGGGGGAGGAGGACCUCAAGUCGAGAGAGAACGGGAGUACCUACUGAACACGCUGAGUUUUUUCCAGACGCUGAACCUGUGGCUGGAGGAGCCUCGUCUCCACGACGCCUCACUCUACCUCCCCGGUCUUCCCCAACAAUACAACUCCCAGCGCCUGGCAACCAUAUUUUCUCCUCCAGAGUUUUGUUUCUGGAUGGAGUUCGUCCCGGUGUCGGAGGUCAAAGUUCGACGGGCAGUUCUCAUUGACGAGUGGCUGCAGGUGGAGUCUUAUCAGAAGACUCUCGCUAGCCACACCCCCAAACCACCACGGGAUGAUGCCAUGACGAGAAUUCGGAAGAGACUUGAUAAGGGCAAGCAGCCCGUGGCUCCGCCCACUUUACAAGUCGGCCCCGCCCCCUUUGAGCACCUAACGGAGGAGAUAAUGUUGUCGCAGGAUUCUCUUCUCGUGUUUUUGAAGAGCGACAUUCAGUUCGUAGUCCAGCAAGCCAGUUCUCACUCAACGAAGGCGAACGUCCUGGUAACCCUAGACACCCAGUACAUGGACGGCCUACCCGUUCUCUACUCCAACCAGCCGAGACAGUUUAUGGUCUCCGUUCCAUGCAAGCGGUCCUCCUCCAGGUGUGCCGGACCUGCCACCAUCGUUUUCAGGUAUGAAGAGAUAGAGUUGAGUCCGAAAUGGGAGCAGAUGCUAAAGGUCAACAGGUCGGAGUACGAGCAGCUGGUAGCGUCUCUCUCUCUCCCGCUCUCCCUCGAUUUCUGCAAGGCCGUCGUACGAAUGGAGCACACCGUCAGUGAGUUGUCUCGUAUGGCGGAACAGCUGCCUGAGACGGAGAGGUCAAAGGCCGUCCAGUCUGGAGUAAACCUGUUUUACGAGAUCCUGACCAGUCUCAAUCUGGACUGUCGCCAGUUUCCCCCGUCAUGCCAGUUCCUGACCUCCUGCGUUCAGAUACUGGGGCAGGAGUUCAUACAAAAGGACCCUUCUCAAACUGUCAAAAUCCUCGAUUGUCUCAUCAAACAGCCGAGCAAGGCAGACCUUCUGGCGCCGCUGUUCCACCCCAACAACAGCCCCGCCCACUUCCUGGAGAUGUAUAGCAACGUUGAGACGGUUGCUAGGGAAGAAGGGCCCAACGUUGCCUUCUCUGUUUUGACAAAGUUCAACGUCCAGGACUGGCUUGACGGCUACUCGUCUUCGCUCGUAGACAGAAGUACAUUCCUCCACCAAAUAUGGAGAGGCAUUCUCCUGUGUGGACCAAGGCCUUCUCUGGAGUUUGAAAUUCUGCUGGAGGUAAAAACUUCACUGCACUCUCCAGCUAUAGUCAUAUGUAUUCAGGAUGGUUGGUUGGCCUGUCCUUCCCUCCACUUGCUUGCUA